GUCGAACCCCACCCUCCUCAACCCCAAACAAAACAGCUUUUCUAUAUCAACCCCAUAGCAACUCCUCGGUUCCUAAACACUACGUCUAAGAGCUGCCAACUACAACCUGAAACUGGAACAAGUGAUUAAAAGAUGUCUGGAAGAGGAAGAGAUGAACUAAGGGAUGUGAUGUUUUCUGUGUUAAAGCCCUCUGAUAGUAGUAGUAUGUAGUCAUCAUUUUAUCUCCCAUUCAGGAGUGUGUGUGUUGGUCUCCUCAGCUGUGGGUGAACCAGGAGGAUGGGGGGGUGGAGCCUGUGGAGGGGACCAGUGAAAUGGCUAACGGUCACUUGGAUCCGACCAACGACUGCCUGUGUCUGGGCUCGCCGCUUCAGAACCGUGACCAGAUGAGAGCCAACGUCAUCAAUGAGAUCAUGAGCACAGAGAGACACUACAUCAAACACCUCAAGGACAUAUGUGAGGGCUACCUGCGUCAGUGUAGGAAGAGGGUAGACAUGUUUAACGAUGACCAGCUGAGGGUGAUCUUUGGGAACAUCGAGGACAUCUACCGUUUCCAGAUGGGCUUCGUUAGAGACCUGGAGAAACAAUACAACAACGAGGAACCACACCUGUCUGAGAUAGGACCCUGCUUUCUAGAACAUCAAGACGGCUUCUGGAUCUACUCUGAGUACUGUAACAACCACCUGGAUGCGUGUAUGGAGCUGUCCAAGCUGAUGAGAGACGGGAGGUACCAGCACUUCUUUGAGGCCUGUCGUCUGCUGCAGCAGAUGAUCGACAUCGCUAUCGACGGCUUCCUCCUCACACCCGUACAGAAGAUCUGCAAAUACCCCCUGCAGCUGGCCGAGCUGCUCAAAUACACCGCACAGGAACACAGUGACUACCGCUACGUGGCGGCGGCGCUGGCGGUGAUGCGUAACGUCACUCAGCAGAUCAAUGAGAGGAAGAGGAGGCUGGAGAACAUUGACAAGAUUGCCCAAUGGCAGGCCUCCGUCCUGGACUGGGAGGGUGAUGACAUCCUGGACCGGAGCUCAGAGUUGAUCUAUACAGGAGAAAUGUCUUGGAUCUACCAGCCCUAUGGACGCAGUCAGCAACGGGUCUUCUUCCUCUUUGAUCACCAGCUGGUCCUCUGUAAGAAGGAUCUGAUUCGUAGGGACAUCCUGUACUAUAAGGGCCGUAUCGACAUGGACCGCUAUGACGUGCGGGACGCCAUCGACGGUCGCGAUGACGACUUUAACGUGAGCGUGAAGAAUGCGUUCAAAUUGCACAACAAAGACAGCGAGGAGCUCCACGUCUUCCUGUCCAAGAAACAGGAGGAGAAGAUACGAUGGCUCCGGGCUUUCCACGAGGAGAGGAAGAUGGUGCAGGAGGAUGAGAAAAUCGGGUUUGAGAUCUCGGAGUACCAGAAGCGUCAGGCAGCCCUGACUGUGAGGAAGGUAUCUAAACAGAAAGGUGUGAACAGAUGCGUGCCCCCCUCCUACCCCCCUCCCCAGGACCCCCUACCCCUGGGACAGUAUGACCUAACAGAGAACUUGGCACAAGCAGAGGUUUUUGAAUUCAGUCAAUCCAAACGAGGCCAGUCUCUUUUCUGGCUCAACAAUUUUACUAGAUUAACACCGUUUAAGAAAUAGAGAAACAGACUCUUUCCAAGGACCAUCUAUUUUUUCUGAGAAACACUCAAACUAAAAAGUUUGGAGGAUUACAUCAUUGUCAUCCCGUGAAGAAGAAUUGACGACGAAAAAAGAACCACUGAAGGAAGGACCAGUGAAUUUGCAUUGUGUGUUGUCACCCAGGAGACUGGAGAACUAUGGAUUCUAACUUCUUCACUUCAUUCUAACUGUUCUUGGUUCCAAUGCUUCUCUCCUCCAGUAGACACCACUGUUCCCUACUGAACUGUACUGUACAGGAAUCCACUACUACAACCCUCAACCCCACCAUCGCCAUCUGAAUGUCCUGGAUUCAUGGAGAUAGCUUUUAUUUUAUUCUUUUCAGGCUCUGGCGUUUUUCCAUAUUUGAAGUAAGCAUAUUUAAUGUUCCUUUACCAGAACUAGUGAGUCCACCUACCUGCAGUGCAGUAUGAUUGUGUAGAUGACAGGUGUUGUGUUGAUGUGUGUGUCUGUGAGGACUAUGUUGUUGUGAUUGUGGCCUGGGGUGCACUGUAACAAUGAGGCUGAGGUGGCAUCCUAUUUCCUACAUAGUGGGGAAGGGUACCACUUUGACUGACAGGAGAGCCGUUGGCUGGUUCUGAUGUUUCUCAGAAGUUCUGUUGUCAGCAUCACCUGUCCCAUCAAAGACUGGUCAGACCAUCUCUCUCUCUCUCUGUCUCUCUCUCUCUUUUCUCUAUCCCCUCUGUCUAUCUUUCUGUCUAUCUUUCUGAAAUAAACAAUACAAACUUAAC